UUUCACCUUCUGAAUGGAUAGUACAGAAGGCGCCACAGGCAAAGUGCCGUUUAUCAAGCAGAAUGCAGCGUUUCAGACCAGCAACGUAUUUCCGUCUAAAGAGCACACCCUUUCUGACAUCACUCUCCAUCUACCACCACACGGGGGCUUACAGCCUUCAAACUGGAACGAGCUGUGUUCCUAGUCCCACUAGUAGGCUUGGUUUACCACGCCUAACAGAAGUAGGCAAGUCUGUGUUCUACUCUCGUAGCUUUCACCUGAGCCGGGCAGAUCUCGAAAUGACGGAUCAAGGUUUAACAGAUGAGGCUGCAACAGCUGCAUGCAAAGAUGGGAACCCAAUUACAAAGGAUUUCAUGAUGCAGCAGACUAUGCUGAGAGUAAAGGAUCCAGUGAAGUCAUUAGAUUUUUACACGCGCAUCCUUGGAAUGAGCUUGCUACAAAAGUUUGACUUCCCCGCCAUGCGCUUCUCUCUCUACUUCCUGGGCUAUGAGGACAAGAAAGAAAUCCCCAGCGAUGUGGCGGAGAAGACGGCCUGGACCUUCUCCCGAAGAGCCACAAUCGAGCUGACACAUAACUGGGGCUCGGAGACGGAUGACUCCCUGUCCUAUCACAAUGGAAACUCAGACCCACGUGGAUUUGGCCACAUUGGCAUCGCCGUUCCAGAUGUGUAUGCUGCCUGCAAGCUUUUUGAGGAGCAAGGAGUCACCUUUGUGAAGAAACCAGAUGAUGGUAAAAUGAAAGGUCUGGCCUUCAUUCAGGACCCCGAUGGCUACUGGAUCGAGAUCCUGAGCCCCAACAACAUGGUACCCAUCUGCACUGCUACUUGAGGGAGCAGAUGUUGCUACGGGCCUCAUGUACAACAAAAACAACUAGUGGGAGAGGUUAAUAAGAACUGGUGAUAUGUGAAACGUCUAACCGCACAGGUCUGCAUACGAUUACUCUAGAGAGUCUUUCAUCCAGAUCCCUUGGGUGAACCAGAUGAUUGGUCAAUGUGAUAACUGUGAUGAGAGGUUAUUUUGGAAAUGUAUUUUGUCACACAUUAACAUUUUUUUGUUAAGUAGAGUUUAUAUGUUCCCAACACUACCCAUAUUUUCUGGGGUUGGUCUUGUGAAAGCAGUGUCUGCACUUGUUGCCAUUACUAAUUCACAGUAAAUCAAUAUAUACCACUAAAAAGUUGUUUGUCUCAUUUGAAUAACAA